GCGGGGCGGUUGCUGGGGUUAUCGUGGUAAUUACUAGGGAGAUUUGCGGGUGUAGGGAGUUGCCUCGUGUGCUGCUCCCAGGCUAUACGAGAAGGUGGAUCUUUCCUCCCCACCCUGUCAGAGGUUCUCUAUCCUUUUGCCAUCAUGAGUAGUGAAUUCUUGGCGGAGCUGCAUUGGGACGAUGGGUUCGCCAUCCCGGUGGCAAACGAGGAGAACAGGAUCCUGGAAGAUCAGUUGUCAAAGCUGCAGGAGGAAAAGUCAAGCUUGCAAGAUCAGCUACGUGACUAUGAAGAUCGAAUUAAUGCUAUGACUUCUCACUUCAAAAAUGUUAAGCAAGAGUUUUCGUUUACGCAGUCUCUUUGUAAAGCAAGAGAGCAUGAGAUUGAAAGUGAAGAGCAUUUUAAGAUCAUUGCUGAGAGAGAACUAGGACGAGUGAAGGAUGAAAUCCAACGACUACAAAAUGAAAUGGCUUCAAUACAGGAGAAGAAAAGUGAUAAGGAAACUAACAUAUUUAAAACUACUCAAAAAUUGGAUAGUUUGAAAUGUCAGAUGAACUGGGACCAGCAAGCCUUGGAAGCCUGGUUAGAAGAAUCAGCUCAUAAAGACAAUGAUGCCCUCAUUCUUCAGAAGUACGCACAACAAGAUGAUAAUAAAAUUAGGGCACUGACGUUGCAAUUAGAAAGACUGACUUUGGAAUGUCAUCAGAAAAGAAAGGUACUUGACAACGAACUUACAGAGACUCUAAGUGCACAGUUAGAAUUGGAUAAAGCAGCACAAGAUUUUCGUAAAAUUCAUAAUGAAAGACAAGAACUCAUUAAACAGUGGGAGAACACAAUAGAACAGAUGCAGAAGAGAGAUCGAGACAUUGAUAACUGUGCCUUGGCAUUAGCAAGGAUAAAGCAGGAAAUAAGAGAAAAAGAAAAUUUGGUUAAAGAAAAGAUCAAGUUUUUGGAAAGUGAGAUUGGAAAUAACACAGAGUAUAAGAAAAGAAUUUCUGUUGCUGAUCGGAAAGUUUUAAAAUGUAGAAUGGAGUAUCAGCGUCAUGAAACUAAUAGAAAUCAGCUGAAGGAUGAGCUGGAUUCUUUAAAAGCCACUGUGAAUAGAAGUUCUAGUGAUUUAGAAGCUCUGCGGAAAAAUAUUUCCAAAGUAAAAAAGGACAUUCAUGAAGAAACAGCAAGGUUACACAAAAUUAAAAAUCAUAAUCAGGUUGUAAAGAAAAAAUUAAAGCAGAUAACUGAGAAAACUAUGUCUGUAGAAGAGAAAGCUACCAAUUUGGAAGACAUGCUAAGGGAGGAGGAAAAAAGUAUAAAGGAAGUGCAAGUUCAAUUGAACAUAAUGAAAGAUGUGCUAUUUAAGAAAGUUCAGGAAUUACAGACUGAGACAAUGAAAGAAAAAGCUGUCUUAUCAGAAAUUGAAGGAACUCGUUCCUCUCUAAAGCACCUCAACCAUCAGUUACAUAAACUGGAUUUUGAAACCUUGAAGCAGCAAGAAAUUAUGUACAGUCAGGAUUUUUACAUUCAACAAGUGGAACGCCGAAUGUCACGAUUAAAAGGAGAAAUUAAUUCUGAAGAAAAACAAGCUCUUGAAGCAAAAAUUGUUGAACUUAAAAAGACAUUGGAAGAGAAAAAAUCUACAUUUGGCCUUUUGGAAACACAGAUCAAGAAGCUUCAUAACGAUCUUUAUUUUAUCAAGAAGUCACAUAGUAAAAAUUGUGGUGAAAAACAGUCCCUCAUGACCAAAAUAAAUGAACUAAACCUUUUCAAUGACAGAUCAGAGAAAGAAUUUAAUAAAGCCAAAGCUUUGAAACAGGAUUUGAUGAUAGAAGACAACCUUUUAAAACUUGAAGUUAAGCGUACUCGAGAAAUGCUUCACAAUAAGGCAGAAGAAGUACUUUCUCUGGAAAAAAGAAAACAACAAUUACAAAGAGCUAUGGAAGAAAGAAUUGAAGAAAUUAAGGUUCAUAAAACAAUGCUUGCAUCACAAAUAAGAUAUGUUGAUCAAGAACGGCAAAACAUAAGUGCUGAGUUUCAUGAGAGGCUAAGUAAAAUUGAUAAGCUGAAGAACAGAUAUGAAAUCCUUACUGUUGUUAUGCUGCCUCCUGAAGGAGAAGAAGAGAAAACACAGGCCUAUUAUGUAAUAAAGGCUGCUCAAGAAAAAGAAGAACUUCAAAGGGAAGGUGACAGUUUGGAUGCUAAGAUCAACAAAGCUGAAAAAGAAAUCUAUGCUCUAGAAAACACCUUACAAGUGCUGAGAAGUUGCAACAACAACUAUAAACAGUCUUUUAAAAAAGUGACUCCAUCUAGUGAUGAGUAUGAACUAAAAAUCCAACUAGAAGAACAAAAAAGAGCUAUUGAUGAAAAAUACAGAUACAAACAAAGACAAAUCAGGGAACUACAGGAAGAUAUCCAGAGCAUGGAAAAUACUUUAGAAGUUAUAGAGCACUUAACAAAUAAUGUCAAAGAAAAAUUAUCAGAGAAGCAGGCUUUUUCAUCUCAGCUACAUAAAGAAACUGGGGAGCAGAAGCCAAAAUUAGAGAGAGUAACUAAACAGUGUGCAAAACUCACCAGGGAAAUCCGACUUUUGAAAGACACAAAAGAGGAAACACUAGAAGAACAAGACAUCAAACUUCGUGAAGUGAAACACUUCCACAAGAUCAUUGAUGAAAUGCUAGUCAAGGUCACUGAAGAAAAUGCUGAAAUCCAUAUUAUCCUUCAAACAUACUUUCAGCAGAAUGGUUUAGAACUACCUACAGCUGGUAGUAAAGGUAGUCGCCAGACUUCUAGAUCACCUUCACAGACUUCACUGUUGUCAGCAAGAUCAUCCAGAAGUACAAGUACUUCUGCUUCUCAGACUUCAGUUAAAGUAUUAGAGCUGAACUUCCCAGACUCUUCUCCAGGAAUUGGUAACACAAGUAAUAGGCCAAGUGCUACCAACAUCUCUAGUAAUGGUAAAAAUAAAAAAGGCAGCAAAUAAACAUAUUAAUCUCUUUUGUAGAAGUUGUAAACACAAAAACAAAAAUCUUACUUCAAAAAUAGUGAAUAUCCCCUAUGCUUUUGGGUGCUGUGUAAUGUUAUAAUCAAGGCCUAAUGAAAUCAUGUUUAGAAAUACAUAAUGACUAGACCAAAGUUUAAUCCAGUGGAAGAUGUGAAAGCUGUUAAAAAAAAAAAAAAAAAAAAAAAAGUCAAGGAAUUUAGGUCUAAAUAAGCCAAAGAAACAUUUAAUUUUCUUAGCUUUUGCCACACUGUUUUCUUCACAGAGAAGGAAAGCAGCAAUAGCAGAUUCUUAACAAUGCCACAUGUUCUAUAAGCAUAGAUAAAAUUGUUUUUCACUGUUCUUUUGAUGUUUGUUACAUUAGAAAAUAGUUUGCUUCAUUAUUUCACACUAGCCAUGAAACUACAUUCAAUUGUAAUGUAACACAAUCUUUCAGGCAAUUUAUGAAGAAUCACUGUCUAUGAAUAGUUUAUAAUACUAACAUUCUCACUUACCCUAGAAAAUCCUGAAGUUAGGUUUUCUUUAUUCAAAGAAACAGGUUUAUUGGACUUCUGGGGGAGAAGUCUGUUAGUUUAUUCUUUUGGUAUGAUUCUAAAAUUUUUAACCAAAAAAAAAAUAGCAUUUACCCUCCCCCCUCCAAGAAAGCAAUUAAUAGGAAAAGAGAUAGCACUAUGUAUCAAUAAAAAUAUUUAAGUUCCUAGGAAUUACUCCACUUUGAUCUUGAAAGAAGUCAAACACAUUAAACAUUUUGCUCUCAAUAUACAACCAAGCAUAAAGAAUAAUAAUGUAUUUUCAAGAUGUUUUUUUCCCAAGACUUUCUUGAUUUAAUAAACAAAGAGAGCUAGGUAUGAUUUGAUUUGCAAUAGGAACUCCAUAUAUUUACAGUGGAGGUGUAAUACCAGAUUUAGAGUCAUUCAAUUUAUACCUUAUUAUAUACCAUGUGCCUAACACCCUGAACUCUUGAAACAGUGUGGAGUAGGAUUAUGUUAUAAAACUGGCUUUUAAAUAAAUGUAUUAGAAUCUAUGUACUUUAAUGGAGUAUUUCUCCUUCAAACCUCGGAAGAAAGUAUUUGUUAUGACAGUUGUCAUUGUUUAAAAGUGUCAUUUGCAGUUCCUUUUGAAAGGUAGUAGUGGCAAUAAACCUGUCUUUCCUGAUCAUUAUUUGAAUAUUUUAUUAUUAUUUUUAGAAAUAGCCAGGAAAUGGGAUAGCCAAGUCCAAUGAAUAAUUUUUUUGUAAAACAUGGUUGUAAAUGCGUGAGAUUCAGGAGACCUAAAAACGGAUUUUAUGGUCACUUUGUGUGUUCACUAGUUCUUAUUCUCUGCCCUAAAUUACUUUGUAAAUUACUUACAACUUACAUUUCAAUAUUAAACACUAUCUUCUAAGGAGGCAGGGAUAGUCUUACUAGCUCUGUGAUCUUGGAGAAGUUACUUCUACUUUUUUCCUUAUUUGCAAUACUGAGACAGUAACAGUUACCAACAUCACGUUUAUUAAAAUAGUCAAAUAUAUGCAAAAUGUACAGGGCCUGACACAAACUGCACAGUAACUUCUACCUGUUGAGUCACCACCCAAAGGCUAGCACAGUAUUUGUGGGAUGGUUAGGUUCUAGGUCAGCAUACAAGCCUACAUUUAACUCCUAAAUAAAGUAACAGUUCCUGC